UGUUACAAUAAUACAUUUUCUUUUCUUCAUCAAUAAAAUUAUUCAUUUAUUUUCCAAUUUCGAUAUAUAUCAUCAUUCUCUCUCUCCUAACAUGUUUUCAUUGCCCAUUUGCAUGAACUUAUAUAUGAAUACGUGUAUCUAUAAAUAUAUAUAUAUAUAUAACCCCUAGCUAGCUAGAUCAACAUAUUCCACUCCCUUUCCUUUUCUUCAUCCCCUCUCUCUCUCUCUGAUUUCUUUAGAGUUUGGAUUAGAAAUUACAAGGCCAAUAGAGAGAAAAGAGAAAAAAAAAAAUGGAUGAUUAUACAAGAACAUGUAGUGGUAACUCAUCUGAAGAGGUAGAAGUGAGAAAAGGGCCAUGGACAAUGGAAGAAGAUUUGAUUCUGAUAAAUUAUAUCGCCAAUCACGGUGAAGGAGUGUGGAAUAGCUUGGCUAAGGCUGCUGGUCUGAAACGAACUGGAAAGAGUUGCCGGCUCCGUUGGCUGAACUAUCUCCGGCCUGAUGUUCGGAGAGGAAAUAUUACAAAUGAGGAACAACUCAUCAUCAUGGAACUCCAUGCUAAAUGGGGAAACAGGUGGUCAAAAAUUGCAAAGCAUUUACCAGGAAGGACAGAUAACGAAAUAAAGAACUACUGGAGGACUAGAAUUCAAAAGCAUAUGAAGCAAGCUGAUCAUCAUCAUAAUCAAAACAACAACAAUACUCAAAAUCAUCAGUACCAUCACCAUCCCCAUCAUCAGACAAACGUUAAUAAUAGUAAUAAUAGUAAUAAUAAUAAUAAUAAUAAUAAUAAUAAUCAGAUGAUGAUGAUGAUGAUGAACGAUCAGGGAAGCACUAGUUCAAGUCAAGUAUCGAGCAGUACUAUAGAUGCCAUGGAGAGUUACUCUCCUCCUCCAUUGAUAUCUUCAUCAUCAUCAAUAUCAUAUCAAGGAAUAAAUUAUAUGGAUAAUCAUCACACCAAUAAUAAUCUUGUUAAUAAUUAUCCUAUGCCUAUGGCUUUACCUCAUCAUCCGGUUGUCUCUUCAAAUAUUGAUCAGACAUAUAAUUGGAGCAUGGAUGAUUUCUGGUCUAUGCAAUUACUCAAUUCUGAUUAAAUACAACCUAUACAUACAUACAUAUAUAUGCACCAUAUAACAUUGAUUUCAGUUAUACAUAUAUAUAUAAUCAUAUAUAUCUUGCCGUCUGCAUUAUUAUAUCAUUACUACUGAUAUUUAUAUAUAUUCAUGCAUAUGUUUGUUUAUAAUGAUCGGCACGUCCUAUUGUUUUUCAUACAUAUAUGAGUAUUACGCAUGUGGGAUUUUUGUAAUUAUUUGUUAUAUAUGAGAUACUUAUAUAUAUUAUAUAUCCUAUCAAUUAAUAAUGAAAUAAAUUCAAUGUACUAGACUAUAUAUUAGUCAUUGUUUUUGCACAGUAAAUAAUCAUUAUUUAUAUGCAAAU